AGGUCCCACUAUGGACGGCGAGAGCGAAGUGGACUUUGCCAGCAACAGUUUGGCUCCUUUGUGGCGCAGGCGGGCGACCCCCGAGCCCCAGCUGCUGGGCCGGGGGAAGCCGAGGCCCCAGUCCUACCAGAGCCCAAGCGGGUUGCUGAUCACCGACUUCCCGGUCGACGAUCCGAGUGUGUUGCCUGGGCCGCCGCCCCCCGCCCCGGACGGCAGGACGGCGCGAAGGAGUCCUCCCCAGCUGCUGUGUGCGCACAGGAAGGGGCUCCCCAAUGGGAGGACAGGCUCCCGGGACUUCAGGGCUGUUUCUCCUCGGCUCCUUCGACCCCUGUCGCCCCAGGUCCCCAGGGCGCCGUCGGGCAACCCCUCUGCUCCUCCGGCCAAUGGCCUGGAGAGCUUGCCUGCGCCGCAGCGCUUGCGCUCCCCGCGGACUUGCAGCGCGCCGCCCCCCUGCAGCUCCGAGCGGACCCUCGCCCAUGGUACCCCCAGCCCCCUGCCCUCGCCAGCUGCAAAUGGCCUUGCCCCGGGCUCCCCAGCCUCCUGCGGUCUGGGUUCCACACCCGGCCAGCCAGCUAAGGACCACUCCCGGGGACCUUCGACGCUCUCCCCCGCGCUCCAGAAAAGGUCUUCUUCGGAACCCAAGGCUCCCCUGCCAAGGCUGCACCCCCAGGACAAGGACUCCUCGGACCCCUCAGCGGUGGUCCUGAGCACCCACAGCGCCGCCGCCCUGAAAGUGGGCAAGCAGCAGAUCAUCCCCAAAAGCCUGGCCUCGGAAAUUAAAGUCAGUAAAAACAGCCAGGGCAACGAGCCCCACCGGAGAUUGCUCAAGGUGCGCAGCAUGGUGGAGGGGCUUGGGGCGCCCCUGAGCCCCGCGGAGGACGAGACUGAGGCAGAGAACGAGGUGGACAGCCCGGGCUCCCUGCGCCGAGGCCUGCGCUCCACGUCCUACCGCCGGGCUGUGGUCAGCGGUUUCGAAUUUGACAGUCCCGCCGCCUCCAAAAAGAAGAACAGGAUGUCGCAGCCGGUGCUCAAAGUGGUGAUGGAAGACCGGGAGAAGUUUUCCAGUCUGGGCAGGAUAAAGAAAAAAGUGCUGAAAGGGCAAGGAACAUUUGAUGGAGAAGAAAAUGCCGUCCUAUAUCAGAACUACAAAGAAAAGGCUUUGGACAUUGACUCUGAUGAAGAGUCGGAGCCCAGAGAACAAAAAUCAGAUGAGAAAAUUGUGGUUCACCAUAAGCCACUGAGGUCCACGUGGAGCCAGCUCUCAGCGGUGAAAAAGAAUGGAUUAUCUCAGACAGUUAGCCAGGAGGAAAGAAAGAGACAAGAGGCCAUCUUUGAAGUGAUAUCCUCCGAACAUUCCUACUUACUCAGCUUGGAGAUCUUGAUACGCAUGUUUAAAAAUUCUAAAGAACUAAGUGAGACGAUGACCAAAACAGAAAGUCACCAUCUUUUCUCCAAUAUCAUUGACGUCUGUGAGGCAAGCAAAAAAUUCUUUACGGAGUUGGAAGCGAGGCAUCAGAAUAACAUCUUCAUUGAUGACAUAAGUGACAUCGUGGAGAAACACACAGCGUCCACCUUUGACCCCUAUGUGAAAUAUUGCACGAACGAAGUCUACCAGCAACGGACACUGCAGAAAUUGCUAGCCACCAACCCAUCUUUUAAGGAAGUGUUGUCCCGAAUCGAGUCUCACGAAGACUGUAGGAACUUGCCCAUGAUCUCCUUUCUUAUCCUCCCCAUGCAGAGAGUGACACGCCUUCCCCUGCUGAUGGAUACUAUCUGUCAGAAGACACCUAAGGACUCUCCCAAGUAUGAAGUCUGCAAGAGGGCUUUAAAAGAAGUAAGCAAGCUGGUCCGGUUGUGCAAUGAGGGAGCCCGGAAGAUGGAAAGGACGGAAAUGAUGUACACGAUUAACUCCCAGCUGGAAUUUAAAAUUAAGCCUUUUCCUCUAGUUUCCUCUUCCCGGUGGUUGGUCAAGCGAGGUGAGCUCACUGCCUAUGUGGAAGAUACUGUGCUUUUCUCCAGACGGACUUCCAAGCAGCAAGUCUACUUCUUUCUCUUUAACGAUGUACUUAUCAUUACAAAGAAGAAGAGUGAAGAAAGUUACAACGUCACUGAUUAUUCCUUGAGAGACCAGCUCUUGGUGGAGUCUUGUGACAAUGAAGAACCGACUGCUUCUCCAGGGAAGAAUAGUUCCACAAUGUUGUAUUCCAGACAGAGCUCCGCCAGCCACCUCUUCACUCUCACUGUCCUGAGUAACCACGCAGCAGAGAAGGUGGAGAUGCUGCUUGGGGCUGAGACGCAGAGUGAGCGAGCCCGCUGGAUAACUGCCCUGGGACACAGCAGCAGUGGGAAACAGCCCCCAGACCGAACCUCACUGACCCAAGUGGAAAUCAUUCGAUCCUUUACUGCCAAGCAGCCUGAUGAACUCUCCCUGCAGCUGGCGGACGUGGUCCUUAUCUACCAGCGUGUUAGCGACGGCUGGUAUGAAGGAGAGAGACUCCGAGAUGGCGAACGGGGCUGGUUUCCCAUGGAAUGUGCCAAGGAGAUCACGUGUCAGGCAACCAUCGAUAAGAAUGUGGAGAGGAUGGGACGCUUGCUGGGACUGGAGACCAACGUGUAGCCUUUCUGAUGGCCUCUUUCCACUGCGAGAUUUGCACUAUGUCAUGUGGGUUGGUGGAUUAGGGGCUGGGUUUGUGAUUUCAUUCCAACCCAGCCUACUUAAUUAUACAGAUGGAAAAAACUUGCCUUUAAGCUUCCCAGGUAGUUAUGCUCUCUUAGGAGACAGCUCUCUUAGGAGACAGCUGCUGGAUUCAGUUGGUUUGUGAAACUCAGUUUGUAUACAGCCAUCUUACUCGCAAAUGUCGUUUAUGGAGUUAAUAGCUGAGUGGUUCACUUCAGGGACAGGGCACCUGCACAGCCUCCUAAACCAGAGUCCGCAGUAACGGUGAUGCCAUGUCCUGGUUUUCUCUUCACCAAGAUAUCACUCUCCUGUAUGUGGUUCUCCCGUGUUAGCAAGAUUUUAGGUUUUUAAGGAAUGCCCAGUUAUGUAAGUAUUUUUUCCUGCUUCGUAUAUAUUUUAGAUCUGAUUUUAAUGCUUCGUUGAUUUCAAAAGGAACUGGUAAAGAAUUUAGCUUGGUGAGCUGUUUUUCUAGACCUCUUCCCAGGAAAGGGAAAUUGACACUUGAAUCUUUGUCAGCUCUUUCCUCAUUUGAGGAAAAGAGCCUUACUUAAACCUGUUUUUCUGUGUGUGUGUGGGGGGUGGGUGUGCCUAAAAUCCAUCUUGCCCAGUAACUAAGCUACUUUAAAAGCACAGAAUUUACAGUUUGCACAUGUGGAACCUGGGCAAGGGUCUUCUUCCUUUUAAAAAAUGUUCCUAAAUGAGCUGAUUGACCUGAGGCUGCCUUGCCUCCAAUAAUGUAAGAUUUAGACUGUUCCAACUCCUGCUUCCACAGGUGGAUGUUGGCUAAAACAGUAACUUUAUCUCAAGGAAGAUAAAAUUAGGUCAUAACAGCCAGCAUAACACCUCAUUGAAACAUAACACUUUGACCUUAAGACAAACCCAUUCUAUUUGCACUAAGGGCUUUGCCUCUAGGUUUGGAGUUUCUCUCCACUUGGGUGUCUGCAGAAUUUUCUUCUGCAAGUACAAGAAAGCCACUUAUAAUAGUCUGUUUCAGAGAGCAUAAAUGAGGACUUGGAAGACCAAGAGACAUGUGAUCUUAUGGGCAGCUAGAUUCCCUCUCUACUGCAUUGUCUUCCACAGAGGGAUAAAACUAAGCAAAGGGUAUAUUCUUCAAGAACUUGGAUCAAUAUGGGACAUGUCCCAGCUACGGGGUUCCAACCACUUACUCAGACAUUGAGCAGAAGUUAAAGAAGUCUAGUGUGAAAGGUGAGUGUUCUUGGCUCACACUCUGGGCCCUCCAUUCCAGCAUUGACCCAAUGUGGGCACCAGGGUCCUUUUGCCCCAGGAUCAGUUUGAUCUGUAUGUGCAUUCCUGGUGUCAGAAGUAGGCCUGACUCUUAGUUUCUUGAGGCCUAAGCCAAAAUGGGUCAGUGAAGUCAGUGAACCACUCUUAAAUCUCUGGUGUCAGAGACAUAGCAGAGAAUCUAGAAUGUAGUAAUCGAAUGUGAUGUUUUCGUUUAAGAAGGAAGGUAAAGUUGCUGCUUGCAAAGGGAUCGUUUUGUGUUACUUUAGCGAAUACUUAGCAGAGGCUAAAAAGCAAUUCUAUGGAUGCUCCUGUGCAUUAAUUUAUGUUAAAGACUGCUAAACAAUUUUGGGAGAGUGUGCAUCUUUAAAACUCAAAGCCUUAAUUAGCGAGCAGAUUAAUGCUGUUACUAAAUACUGUUUUCUGGCAGGUAUGUAACACACUCACGUUUAAUUUCAGCCGUGAAUCGCUUUUGUAUGAUACAGUAUUGUUUUCAAACCUAGUUCAGUUUCUAUGACUUGCUUCCCUGAUUUGUACAAUUUCAGUCAAUGACCUGUGGAGAACAACAACAACAAAAAAGAAACACUCAUUUUUGUCCCUAUGAAUUGAGGUUUUGUGUACUUUGGUGAAAUAUGUGAAUUUAUAAAGAGUUUGUAUAGACUUGU